AGCAGCUGGGAUACCAUGGGGGAACCUGCUCAGCAUCCCGGGCCCGAUGCCAGGGAGGAUCAGCAGUGCCCUCCUCCUCCUCGGGUCGGGAGUUUCCGCUGGCUCUGUGGCCAGACCGUGGGGAACCGCUGGCUGUGGCUGGCACAGAGGGACACUGGGAUGGGCCAGCACCCUGUCCCUGUGGGAAACUACUCUCCAGAGGUGCAAAUCCCAAGUUUUGCCCUCAGAAACGGGGAGAACUCCUCGGAGAUGCCAGAGACCAUUACCAGCCGAGACGCUGCUCGCUUUCCCAUUGUUGCCAGCUGCACCCUCCUGGGGCUCUACCUCUUCUUUAAAAUAUUCUCUCAAGAGUACAUCAAUCUUCUGCUUUCCAUGUAUUUCUUUGUGCUGGGGAUCCUGGCCCUGUCCCACACUAUCAGCCCCAUGAUGAACGGAUUCUUCCCUGCAAAUUUCCCCAACAAACAGUACCAGCUGCUCUUCACCCAGGGCUCCGGGGAGAGCAAGGAGGAAAUAGUGAAUUAUGAGUUUGACACCAAGGAUCUCGUGUGCCUGGCCUUGAGCAGCAUUGUGGGGGUCUGGUACCUGCUGAGGAAGCACUGGAUUGCCAACAAUCUCUUCGGGCUGGCAUUCUCCCUCAACGGGGUGGAGCUGCUGCACCUGAACAACGUCAGCACUGGCUGCAUCUUGCUUGGGGGCCUCUUCAUCUAUGAUGUGUUCUGGGUCUUUGGCACCAACGUGAUGGUGACAGUUGCCAAAUCGUUUGAGGCCCCAAUAAAACUGGUUUUCCCUCAGGACCUGCUGGAGAAGGGGCUGGACGCCGACAACUUCGCCAUGCUGGGACUGGGCGACAUUGUCAUUCCGGGGAUCUUCAUUGCCUUGCUGCUGCGGUUUGAUAUCAGCCUGAAGAAGAACACGCACACGUAUUUCUACACCAGCUUUGUGGCCUACAUCUUUGGGCUGGGCCUCACCAUAUUCAUCAUGCACAUCUUCAAGCAUGCCCAGCCUGCGCUGCUGUACCUGGUCCCUGCCUGCAUUGGAUUCCCGCUCCUGGUGGCCUUGGCAAAGGGAGAAGUGACCGAAAUGUUCAGCUAUGAAUCCUCUGCUGAAAUCUUGCCUCACACACCAAGACUUACCCACUUCCCCACGGUGUCUGGCUCGCCGGCCAGCCUGGCUGAUUCCAUGCAGCAGAAACUGUCCUGUCCCCGCCGACGCCGGCAGCAGAGCCCCAGUGCCAUGUAGCCACUGCCACCGGGGGCCCUUGUCUGUCGCUCUGGCCAGCUACGAGGAGAGCUCAACCCCCAAGGAGGCAGCAGGGUCUUCCAAAGAAGAGCCAACAGAAGCCUCCAAGAAGGAGAAGUGACCUUGCCCGUGGGCUGUGCCCGGCGCUGCUGGGCUGGGACCCUUCAAGACCCUUUGCAAGUGACAGAUGAAACAAUUGUGCAAGAGCAUCAUGUUGUGUGUGUCGGAGCAGCCACCCAGGUGGGGUAUCGAUGUAUGCCGGUUUUUAAAUUUUGUAUUGUGCAUUUGCUUUCUCUCAUAUUAAACCAUACUGAAGGAAGGA